UUUGUUUUGUGAACGGUGAAAAACUUAUCCAAAUCUGAAGUUCAAAAUUAUUUUUUAAUUCUACUUCUCAGCUCUUUUUACUGAAUAUUAGUUGUAACAUACACACAAACAAUUAUUACGAAAUGUUUAUUGUUGGCCUUACUGGAGGACUAGCAACUGGAAAAAGCACAGUGCUCGCGAUAUUUCGGGAAAAUGGUAUUGCAGUCAUUGAUGCUGACGAAGUAGCUCGGAAAGUUCUAGAGCCAGGAACAACAGCCUGGAAAGAGUUGAGGAGUUUCUUUGGAGAUGAGGUUUUGGGCUCUGAUGGUAAAGUAAACCGGUUACGAUUAGGGGAAAUAGUGUUUGAUGAUAUAGAAAAGAGAAGAAAACUCAAUGCAAUAACACACCCGAGAAUCCAAAGUGCAAUGAUGAAAAUGGCUGUGUCAUAUUUCUUUUCUGGUCAUAGGUAUAUUGUAAUGGAAGUGCCUCUAUUAUUUGAAACAGGAAAAAUGUUAACUUUUAUGCAUAAGAUCAUCACAGUGGUAUGUGAAGAUUAUCAGCAGCUGGAAAGAUUAUGCAAAAGAAAUGAUUUCUCAGAAAUUGUUGCUAAGAAAAGAAUAAACUGCCAGAUGCCUUUAGAAGAUAAAGUAGCUAAGUCUCAUUUUGUGAUAGACAAUUCUGGAGACUUUAGUGCAACAAGACAGCAGACAGAAAGUAUAAUAAGAACAUUAAGGAGAUCUAAGUUUACAUGGUACUUUCGUGCAAUUUUUUUUAUAACAUUUUUAGCAGUAGCAUUUGGUGUAGCUCAUGUAUUUAGUAAUUAUAUUUACAAUAGCGUUUAAUUUAUUGUCAGAUUAUAAUUUUAUCUUUUUUUAACCCCAACCUGUAUAAUUAUCACGAAAAUAUUGUAAUGAUGUCCAAUUAACCUUUUUUAUUAUUAUUAGCUCGAUCGCGCAAGUGGUUAGCGUUCGGCGUUCGGCUGUCAUGGGUCAUGGCCCAAACUCCCUAUUCCAUCCAUAGGGAAGGCCUGUGCCUCAGCAUUUGAGACAUUAAUAGGCUGAUGAUGAUGAUUAUUACUAGUUCAAAGAAACAUGGGCUUGAUUUGAACUGUAAUGAUAAGAAAAUAUUAUUAGCCAUGGUCAAACAAUUUAUUAGAAUGCAUUUGUUUAUAAUAAGCUGUGUACUAAAAAGAAGGCGAAAAUUCUUAAAUCGUGGUUGUCCUUCUAAUUAAAAGAUAAAAUGAGAUACAAUAUGACACUGUAGACAAGUAUUGAAGUUACAGGUGACAAUAUUAAAAUGUUAAUGAAUUAAGAUAUACAGCUAUUAAUAAAGUUCAAGCUAAUGCAAAGUAAUUUUCCUUCAUUGUUAUUAGCUGAAAUAUUUAUACAGUAUUAAACUAAACACGUAGUAUGUUACGUAAGAGAUCAAGUUUCUCAAAGCUUGAGUAAAAUGUAUCCAUAGUUUGUAUAUACAUAAGCAAAAUAGAUUUGCUGUUCUCUCAUAUUGUAUAAUAGCAUACAAUUUAUUACUGGUAAGUAUAUCUUUUUUAAUAAAUAGAAAAAAUCCUAAUUGUUAAAGAUUUAAAUGAUUUAGCAGGAUCAAAAUUACUGGUAUAGACAGCUGUUAAAUUUUCCUUGUUUAUUAAUGAACUAUUAAUUAUGUCUGACUAUGUCAAAUGCAAUAUAAUGGUAUUUUAUUGCUUUUUACUAGACUUGCAACGAAUAUUCCGUUACUAUUCGGUAUUCGGCAUAUUCGGCUGCUUUUAUUAUUUUGUCUUAGAGAAAUAAUUAGUAAAAUGAAAAAUUCAAAUCGAUUGAUUACAUAUAUAUUCCUAUUUUCAUUUCUGUUAUAAAAUCAUUUAAGUAGUCAUUGGUACAUAACACGGGUACAUAAUCAUCUUCUGAAUUGGAAAAAUGGCGGAUUCUGUAUUUGAAUUAGUGUGGUACCUAAUCAAAAUUUAGAAGGGUAUGGUUCUCAUUUCUUUUAUAAUCAUUUAUUAAGUAGUCAUUUGUACAUAAAAUUUUCAUCAUUUAAUUUAAUCAUUUUCUGUAUUUAACAAGUUAACAGUUUUAAUUCAUUCAGUGAUGUGAUGAAUGGUUACAUCAUAGAUAAAUGAUUGGUCUCGCUUCACUCCACUAGAUACCGCGCUAUCAAAAAAUAACAGCUCCGUUUAUGCGGCAACUCAUUAUUGUAGUGUGUGUAUGUCACUUCGCAAGGACGGUGUCAUAUGUCAAAAAAAAUGUAGCCAGCUGCUCAACUGCUACCCCAAUAAUAGGGAAAAUAUUUUAUGGAUUUGUCGAUCCACACUAACAAUACCAAUUACAAAAUCCGUACACAUUAAAUGAAUAUAUAUUAUUUUUAGUAUUUUUAUUUUUUUUGCAAAUAUACGUGAUGCACGGAGGCGCGAAUCCUAUAAUUUUAUCACGCUUGCAUAGUUAGUUUCUUUAUUUUUAUCCCACUUGUCAAUAGUUUGGUUACAAAUUCUUUUAUGUGCCGCCGUAGUCUGAGUGGUAUGUACGCCAGUUUUGAUGGUGUCGGCCUUCAUAGGUCAUAGGUCCCGGGAGCUGGGCUAAUAGAUGUGAGACUUUCGAUAUAUAUAAAUAUUUAUUAUACAUUUAGUGAUAUCGAUUCUGGCAUGAUUCUUUACAGCUAAACUUAAAUUUGACAACAGUGCAUCCUUGUCAUUCUCUAUACAGAAUGAAAAGGAGAGACUGAUGUUAAAUUUGGUUUUAAGUUUAGAGAAUCACGCCAGAAUCGACCCCAUUAUUUUUAUAACUCUUUAAAAUCACUGGUGUCGAUUCUGGCUUGAUUCUCUAAACCUUAACUUGAUGACAUCAGUGUAUCCUUGUCAUUCUCUAUACAGAAUGAAAAGGAGAGACUGAUUUUAAAUUAAGUUUUAAGUUUAGAGAAUCAUGUCAGAAUCGACACCAGUGUUGAGUAAAUUUAUAAUUAUUAUUAACCAUGCAGACACUAGAAAUUGAAAUAAAACUAUAAUAACAAUAUAUAUAUAGUUAAAACUAUUAAAAUAAGCAGGUUACCUAAAGAAUAAAGUUUAUUAUCAAAAAAUAAAAAUUACAUGCCACUAACUUGAACAAGUUUACGAUAAAUUUGCCUUUUAAAAUUCCCAGACUUUUCCAAAUUUUCUUUCUUCGAAAUGUAAUGGAGUCGUAUUUGUAUAAACUUCUCCACUACUAGUCGAAUUAAAUUAAUCUGAUGAAUGGCACCAUUAACAUGACUUGAGUCGAAAUCAAAAUAUCUUUUAGAACCCGUCCCGAUGAAAUUUUUUCAUGACAUCAAUUACAAUUUUUUUAUAUAUUAAAUUUGAUUUUAUGUGCGACACUUUAUCUAUAUUUUGUAUUAUAGAUUCUGAAACCAAGCAUAUUAAAAAUACAUCUUCAGAGGCAUAUGAUAAUCCACCUCUAUCUUUUAACAUUACAAAUUUAUGAAACCAACAAUGAUUUUUAGCAGUUAAAUUAUCAAUACAAUGCCAGCAUUUCAAUUUUUUUGUUAAGAACUUGACAACAAAACCGGCUACGUAUCCAACAACGUGGUUUUUAAAAUUCGACAUGUAUGGCACAUCCAAGAAUUCUGUGAUCUCGUCAAAAUCAUCCGUAACUUUUUCUAGUGCAUCCAACAAUACUGAAUCUUCUUCUUCGAAACGUUCCCACAUGGUAGUUUUAUUGUAAAGUAUUCGGAUUAUCAUUGAACCCGCCGUGCAUUCUGAUCGCACCAAAUAAUAGUUCAAUGUGAUCCUGAGUCAACUUGUAGGUGGAAAUGAAUUUUAACAAACCUUCAUCUAAGAGAUUAGUUAUGUGUUUGAGACUUUCGAUACAUACUAACAUUCCUAAAAAUCCAGUAUUUGCCUGAGUAUUUAAAACAGGCUUAAAACUUUUGAUUACGAUUUUCUUUUGUUGGUUGUGUUCCUUAAAAGAACGUUUUCUGGCCGAUUUUAAAUUUAAGCUUAUUAUGUAUUGUUUCGCAUAUUCUAAAUAAUUAAGAAUAUCUUCUUUGUUUCCAUUAUAUAUGGGAUGACUAAAUCCAUGUUGGUUCAAAUCUCUGGUGUUAAAUAUAUCAAAUAAAUUAUUCCACAAUAAAAUGAACUUCUCGGUUGCUUCACUAUUUUUGAAUUCCGGUAAAUAUAAAUCUUCUCUACAAAAUUUCAGGGCGAUUGCAACGCUUCUGCUUAAUAAUUGGGAAGCAAACUUUACCUUCAUUAUAUUAUUGCGAAAUUCUAAAUGACGUUUCGUUAUUUUAUUAGCUAAAUGGAGGCCUUCUUUAUUUUGCAAAUUAUUUAGUUUUUCUAGAAAAUUCCAAUAAAUUUCAUUUUCUUCGUCAUCUAGAAAAGCCUUUUUACUUUCGAAAUUAUUUCUGAUUAAUUUACACAUAUGAACAGGAUCAAGAAAAACAGCAACAUCUUCACUUGAAGAAGGAUGAUUGAAAGUAGUCUUCAAAUUUUUGGGAUCCUUUAUUCGACAACCCAAUAUUUCCAUCGCCGAGAUAUUCGAAGCAUGUCCAUCAAACGUAAUUGAUACGACACGUACACCCACUUCAUGGCAUUUAGUUAGGCAUAGUGUUAUAAGGUUCGCUUUUUGGGAUCCUGUUAAGCCAUGAACUAAAAAGUACCCUACAGGCAGUUUCCAGUGCUCAGUUAAGCACACCAAUAAAAACACAUAUGCCUCUGAUGCUAAUAUAGAUGUGUCGUUUACACCAGUACCCAUAUCAACAUAACCGUGAGUUUGAUUGCGGAGCCACGUACUUUGUUGGCGGAUAGCCAUUUCAUCUGCUAUCAGCGCGCAAAUAAUAUUGCCUUUAUCAGCUUUUACUUUUAAUAACUUAAACGCUUCUUCGGUAAAACCUGGACCACCAUCCAUGUUGCGAUACCAUUUGCCUAAUGUUUUGCAAUGUGGCAAACAUGUGCUAAAUUUACUCCUCACGUAAUUAUAUGCAGACGGAGAAUAAAAGUUUAAAGUUAGACAGAAUUUCUUAAGUUCAUUAGUAUAUUUCGGCAAGGUUUUUCUUUGGUUUUUAUGCUUCUUAUAUAUAUUAUUGAAUAAAUCUGCGGCGACAACAUGUUUACUAAGUAUGUUAUAUAAAUCGUGAUCAAUGAAACGUUCUUUUUUUAAAGAUUUAAUAAUAUUUUUUAAGUUAGAAUUGGAUUGUUUUAAUCGACGAGUCUUUUCACGCAAGGUUUUUAUUAUCCUCCCAUGUUUUAACUGUAAAAUAUUUUUCUUAUGAAGCUCUUUUUUAAGCUUUGUCUUUCUUGGUGAAUCAAAAAUAUAUUCUAUGUCGGGAAAGUCAUCUAGUGGUGGACUUUCAUUACCACUAGUUAAAAAUUUUAUUUCGUCAGCUGAAGCCGAUGUGCUUGGUUUUGCAGUUACCACAAUGCUGUUAGAAUUGACCACUGGAGUUGAUGUGCUUGGUUCUGCAGUUACCACAAUGUUGUUAGAAAUGUUGUCCGGUAGUAUUGACGAUAAAACCAAUGCGUUCUGUGGUACAGCUCCCUUAUGUAAUCUUUUCAAACCACCUUUUGUCAAGUAGAAGUCACUGGCAUUAAAAUGAAUCGAACAUAUAACACUGCUUUUUCCUGGUUUCCACCAACUUUCUUCCCGGCUGACUCGUACUAUAGCAGUCCAACGGUCACGAAUAACAGGAUCAACAGGAAAUCUGUACCAAGCAAACAUAACACGAUAAAAAUAAUAAUGAAGAUUUGGUUACAUGUUGUACGGAAAUACACGCUCGGCCAAUUAUUUAAUCGAAAACCCUUCCACGGCGUAUGGCGCACAAAUAUUCACUUCGCCACACACUUGAGCAAAUUAUUAAGUUUCCUUUAUUAUUACCCGCACCAUAAGCUAUCCCUGAGGCCCAAGCACGAGUUUUUGACAGCUGUGUAACGCUAACAUAUCGCAUCGUCAAAGUUUCUAUGAAAAAAACUAAGCAGCGCCAUUGACACCAUGUAUAAACUAGCUUUUUCCAUACAAUUUUGACCAUUACGAUACUUUACGAAGCUGUCAAAAACUCGUACUUGAGCGUCUGUUCUCUAUUUUAUUUAAUUAAUUUCAUUUUUUUUCCAAAAAUUGUGAUGAUUUUAGACCAGGGGCCCAAUUCUCGCGGCAUAGAUAUUAUAUCACCUUCGAUAUAUAUCGAAUGAUCUGGCUUUUAUCGAAGGAAAACCUUUUUGCCCUAUUCUCACCAUGUCGCAAUAGAUAUUUAUCUACGGAUGAUCAGUAGACAUACAUCGACUGGUAAAGAGCCUUCGAUAUAUAAAUAUCUAUGGAUCUUGGCAUGUCAAUCUUGUUAUUUCCAUUUUUUUUACCCAUUAUUUAUUGUGUUGUCGUGUGUCUUUGCCAAUUAUUGUUACCUCAAGAUGUUGUUAUCUGCCUUCAUAAAUAAUUAGUAAAUAAAGAAGUAGGUAAAUAAUGGUGUCGAUUCUGGCGUGAUUCUCUAAACUUAAAACUAAAUUUUACAUCAGUCUCUCUUUUUCAUUCUGUAUAGAGAACGACAAGGAAACACUGUUGUCAAGUUUAAGUUAAGAUUUAGAGAAUCGUGCCAGAAUCGACACCAGUUUAUAUUAACGAUGGAUGAGUUGAUUCAAGUAUUCGUCAAUGAUUUAAUAAAUGACGUGAUUGCUGCUGCUGUGCUAAGGUGCCGCCGUUGUGAGAGCAAGAGGGUCCAUUUGAAAUGAGGGACGCCGACUUCAUAAAAAAAUUACGUUUAAACAAAAAUUUGGUUAGAAAUCUUUAUAGUUAUGAAUGACAUUGGUAUCGAUUCUGACACGAUUCUCUAAACUUAGAACUAAAUUUAACAUGAGUCUCUCCUUUUCAUUCUGUAUGGAGAAUGACAAGGAUACACUGUUGUCAAAUUUACGUUUAGGUUUAGAGAAUCAUGCCACAAUCAACACCAUUUUCUUAUUGACGAUACGGAGUUUUGGCGGGAUUUUUGCGAGUGCGGUUGGUAUCUUAUUUUAAUUAUUCUAAAAUUCGUUCAUAGUGGAUAUUGUGAAAUAAAAUUGGUGUGAUUUGGUGUUACAACCGUCUGCGCAACUGAAGAAUUAGUGAAAUCUUUAAAAUAUUCGCUAUUCCGGUCAAGUGGACGCAAGAACUUUAUUGUAGUAUUGAAUACCUCACAGAAGCUUAGAGAAAAAGCCAACUCCAUAAAUUUCGUGCCAAACACUCCAAGAAACAUUAGAAUGCGUCACACCGACAUUCGAAUGUAAAAAAAAGAAGAUUAAUAUAACUAAAGACUAGGCUUUAUGGGCAUUGUUCCCUUUGCCUUCCCUGAAAAGGGAGAAUCUUAAAUAAUAUUGACGUUUCAUUAUACAUAACUGUGAAAUUAUAUACGCAUACAAUUUAGGUAAAGUUGAGAUUUCUUAUACUCAAAAAAUAUAUACUCAUAUUUAAUAUGAAUGGAAUUCAUAAAAUAUCAUUUUGUUGCUUGUAAAAUUCUGCUCUAAUUUAUUAUUAUUUUAUAUAGACUAUGAUGUUAACUUAAUCGAGAAAAACGGAACGCAUUCGUCAGAGAAAGAAUAUCUACGAUAGAUAUAAUAUCAUUGGAAUAUCGAAAAUCCACGAGAAUAGCAUUUUUUACCAUCAGUAGAUAUUUUCAAUAGAUAUCCCUACUUUCGAUAUUAUCUCGAAGCCGAUAUAAUAUCUACGCCGCGAGAAUUGGGCCCCAGGGUCGAUAAUAUUAAAAAUGGUAAAAAGUGAAAAAAGAAUAUAGUAGGAUGAAACCCAUUGGAAAAGGUAGAGAAUAUAACAAAAAUGAAAGGAAAAAUAUAUUACGGGCGAUCUGAGGUCGGAAAGGGGGAGGGGGUGAGUUUUUAAUGGUAAAAAACGGUUAAUCUCGAUUUCCGGUAAAACUGCAAGUCUUAUGAAAAAAAGUUAGAGGGCAAAGUUGUAGGUAAUAAAAAACUCUACAACUUUUGUAUUGACACUUUUUUCACAUAACCUCAAAAUUUAUGUGAAAAAUUCGAAUAACCGAGUUUUUGGUUUUUUAUUUUUAUUAUUAGCAAAAUUUAUUUUUUCACGAAAUUUAGUAUAUGUAUGUUUGGGACAUACAAAGGUAAGUUUUCACUUAAUAUCGUGAAGUGUUUUUUUUUGCAAAAAAUAAAAAUAAAAACCAAAAACUCGGUUAUUCGAAAUUUUCACAUAAAUUUUGAGGUUAUGUGAAAAAAGUGUCAAUACAAAAGUUGUAGAGUUUUUUAUUACCUACAACUUUGCCCUCUGACUUUUUUUCAUAAGACUUGCAGUUUUACCGGAAAUCGAGAUUAACCGUUUUUUACCCUUAAAAACUCACCCUCUCCCCCUUUCCGACCUCAGAUCGCCCGUAAUAUAUUUUUCCUUUCAUUUUUGUUAUAUUCUCUACCUUUUCCAAUGGGUUUCAUCCGACUAAAAUUUUUUUGGUCUCAAAAAUUAUCGACCCUGGUCUAUUUCUUCACCCCCCGAUUUAUUUUCAAAUAUUUUCAAUUCACUGACACGAAUAGUUUGUAUUUCAUAAAGAGGUCGAAUGAAAUGGGUCAUAUAACAGUAUAUUCAUAUUAUAAAAAUCUCAACCAUAGGGACUUUUAUAUUGCGUACUUGGCAACACUAAAUGACGUUUAUUUUUCAUGAAAUUUUACAUCGAAAUUUCGAAAUUAUAAGAUACUUACUGAUGGUAUGUGAUCCCAGUGUCUUUUUUAUUUUUUGAACUAUUAUUUUUACAAUGUUUCACAACACAAACUGGCAUUUUGCUGCGGAUUGUGCUCUCAAUUGUUUAAAAUAUUCGGGACUAACACCUAAAGCGCAGCUGUCAAUGUGACUGACACGGCGAAGGCUCGGGUCUGCCGAUUUCGGCAUAGUAUUUGUUGCCGCAUUAAACAAGUACGCCGGCGGUAUCUAGUCGAGUGAAGCGAGACCAAUCAUUUAUCUAUGGGUUACAUAAUAGCAAUAAUUUAAAGUUUACGCGCCGUUUUUGCCAUAUCUUAAAAGUUGGUUUUGUCAUCAUUGGAGGACGGUAGAUUAGAACAAAACAAAGGAGCGCGAUACAAUCACGUCUGUACAAGUUUUUGGCGCUAAAAUCCAGCCGAAUACUUUUGCCAUGGACUUAUAAAAAAAGGCGGACAGAGUCCCGGUAAACAAUAAACUGUGUCGCUCAGAGUCGGCCAGGAGCUCUAUUUUUGAAUCACUCGUCUGACAUAGUAUCGUCGAAUGCGACAUAAGUCACCUUCGACUUUCAAGUCGCAUAAUACUGAUUUUUCUUAUUUUUGAAUCAUUCGUCACCGGUGUUACCGGUUUAAUACGAAAUAUAAAAUUUUACUCAGUUCACACAGAAAAAAUAAAAACCGGCAAUUACCGCAAUGAAAACCGAACAAAAAAUUCUAGUUGUCGUUUCAUAUAAAUCAUGACAAUGAUAGUUUAUCGUCGUCUAAUAGCACAAAACAAUUUGACAAUUAUUCUAUCAUUCGCCUCCACCAUUCGCCAAGCAGCGAGUGGUCUCACCCAUUCGUUGCACUCGAGCGAUUCAAAAAUACGGAAUUAAUUAUGUCGAAUGAAAUAUAGUAGAAAUCAAGCGUUCGACGCAAGACGAGUGAUUCAAAAAUAGAGCUCCAGGUCGCUGUACGUACAAGCCGGCACGCACACAUUCACACAAUAGUCAGCCACUACGCGUGCAAACGUCAAAGCAGCCGACACCUUACGUGGAGAUAAAAUAAGCUAAACGAGAUAUCUUGCUUGUAAAAAGGUGUAAAAACUGUUAAUGACCGAAAGAAAAAAAAACCAGGAAUCACGUUUCAUAGGUAAAUGAAUAAUUGAAUCACUUUUUUCUAGUUUUUAGAAAUCGAAAUCAAUUUUAAUUCUAAGGACAAAAUGAUUAGUCUAAAGUCCAGUGUUGCCAAUGUUCAUAUAACCAUAUUACCUAAAAUAUGGGAAAUUGGGUUGACAUUAACUUCAAUCUAUUAUUUAUUAUUCUUUUUUAUCAGAUUUCCUAAAGAAAAUGUAGUAUGGAGAAAUGACUGGAAAAUGAAUGAUUUCCAAACAAAUGUGUAGUAGUGUCAUUUUUAGUCUUCAUUUUGAAGCUCAAGACUUAUAUACUACUAAAGGAGGGCUCCGGCGUGUUAUUACGUAUGCAUUACCUCAAAAGGUUGAUUAAAAUUUUUAACCGACUUCGAAAAGAAAGAGGUUCGCAAUGCGUCAUAUUUGUUUUUUUUUAUUGUUGUUCGCGCAGAUCUCCGUGAUUCGUGGACCGUUUAUGAUGAUUCUUUUUUUGUUUUAAUCAGUUUACUAGCGAGAUGGCUGCAUAUUAAUUUACUGGAGAUCUGAUGAGUACUUUCGGAGAAAAACAAUGGAACUCCUCAAUUACAAACAGUACUCAAUGGGUGUUAGUUUAUUUUAAGAAAUAUGAAAGAGAAUGCAGGCCAGGCCAGAUGUCCUGGCCUGCAUUCUCGAUAUAAUAUAGAUAUAUUUAGUUGAUUUACCCAAUAUUGAGAAAAUUCGAUACAUUCUAGAAUUUCUAAUGAGUCCCGACUGUUAAAGUAACUUGGUUCGUUAUUAAACAGAAUUAUAGACAACUGGACUUGUAUUUUUCUUUUUAGUAUUUUUUUAUAUUUUCUACAUUUUAAUUUCAUUUUUAUUUUAAUUACACGAGUUGUAUGUUUUCUUAAUAUUCUUUUAAAACCCUUCACUUUGAUACCUCGUUUGACGGGUUAUAAAAAUACUUAUACUUUUUUUUCCUCCGCAGUCGGGCAAAAAGUAAAAUUUUGUACAAUUCAAAUAUUUUCAUCUUUUUACUAUGUUUUAUUGGUAAAAAAUUGGCUAACCUAGCAACCCUACAAUUCACUCACUCAUCAAUAGCCGCCGCCAUUACGGUGCCUCAGUAUUGUCUUAGCCGAAAUUCUGUCCGCCUUUUUUUAUACGUCCAUGACUUUUGCCUAAUAUUCGGCUAUUCGGUCAGGGGCCUCGCCGAAUAUUCGGUAUUCGACAGUAGUAGUAAGUAGACUUGCAACGAAUAGUAUAUACUGCCGAAUAUAUCUCUUUUUACCCUUAGGCGGCAGCUAAACGUUCAGUGUAUAAUGUGGUUCAUCAGCAUUUACCGAAUAUUGUAUUGGAUUGAUAAAUGUCAGUAUUUAUCACGAAUUUCGAACUUUUUGAAUUCCGGAAUGACACUGUGUUAAAUAUUGACAUUUGUCAGUACACUACACUAGACGAUAGACGAUCAUUAAAUAUCACGGUGUAUGAGUACCCACCGCGACAGCAAUGGAGGAGGAUAUGUUUGCUGAGAUUCCUGAGGGCACGCCGCCACCGGCGGAUCUGGCGCACGAGCUCGUCCCGGCCCAUUACAAAUGAUCAAAUUAUCCUUAAUCAUGCUCUUUAAUUUUAGCCAAUAAAUUUAAAUGAGUAUAUUUUUAUCUCUGUUGUAGUCAAUGUUUUGUCCAUCGUUUUCUUUUUAUUGAUUUUUUUAAUCAAUGGCUAAGAUAAUAGCCACAAAAGCUUUAUUUGUAUCCAUUUCACGUCUGAACUGCUUCGAAACACGUUACUGACCUGAUAAAUACUGACCGUCUAGAAUUGCCAAAAAAUUUCGUCGACGGAAUGUGGAUCAUCAGUAUUUAUCAUACUGAAGAACUAUUACAAACUAAACGUCUAGCUGCCGCCCUAGAUUAAAACAAAAAGGAAUGAUACAGCACUCGCGGCUCAAAAGUGAUCCGCUUAAAUUAUGGUGCAUGACCACAAUUCGCUUUAGUCACAUUUGGAUAUUCAAACACGCUCCAUGCACUCAUGCAAUAUAAAAGAAUGCCUUCGAUGCUUUUUUAAAAAACACAAAUAGUUCAAAAUCAAAUAACAAAUGCCUUGGCAACUUUUUUUUUUUCAUUCGUAAAACUGUAAAACAUUUUGUUCUCAAAAAGCACGAUUUGUCGUGAAUGUUAGUUACGUAAUCGCCAUUUUGUUAUUUAAGAAAAGGACGCGAAGCGUACUCGCCGUUUCCGCGCUGCCUUGAAACGUACAGUUCUGUCUCGCUCGCUCGAUUGAAUAUUAAUAUACAGACGUGUGCGUGUGUGUGAGUUGCUUAUGUAGUUGAGUCGGAUCAUAUUUUAUUUGAUGUUAGUACGAGCGUACCGUAUCUGCCCUUUUUGUUUUAAUCUAAGUUGUUACCGCUUCAAUGCUCAGUGCUGACAAUGAGUUGUUGAUAUUGAUACUGAUGAUAUCGAUGGGUCCUAUGUAUAAGGGCCAAAGUAGCAUUUUGUUCAUUUUGGCUUUUUGGUGGUAAAUGCUCUCUUUUAAUGUAAUAAAUGAUAUUCAUUGAAAAAAACUCCAAAUUUAUUGCUACAAACACGUUUUUUUGAUGCAGUAAAAGGGCUAAUGUGUCACACUUUUAAACGUAUUAGGGCCUAAACGGUAGUCCGAGACUUAUACGCGGGGAGUUACCGAAAUUUUAUUUGAAUUAUCGGCCAAUCUGUCAGUAAUACCGGGUUCACACGACACGAUUUUUGUUGAUCAACUGUUACAUCGCAUGCGAUUUGAACUGUCUGAACUAUUGAACAAACUUUCAAUCAAAUUGAAGCAAAUUAAUUGAAGAAAAAUAAAUUUAACAAUAAAAAUAAUCAAUUUAAAUCGCUUCGUGUGAACCUGGUAGUGACAUUAGUGUAAGCGAUUAGAAGUGAAUAAUAUAAAACUAGUUUUUCACGGGUUAAUGCACGAAACGUUAUUUAUUUAUUGACGUUUCGCAGCCUUUACAGGCUGCGUCGUCGGAAUAAAUUUUUAUUUGGCUGUAAAGGCUGCGAAAUGUCAAUAAUAAAUAAAGUGUCGUGCAUUAACCCGUGAAAAACUAGUUUUAUUUAUGAGUGAUGUGCGUGAAAACCUAAGAAACAGUGAAUAAUAUGUCAGUCUUUGAUGAUAGAAACUUGGUUGGCUUUCGCUGACUUUGGAACCAACAAAUAGCUUUGAAAGGAUCUUACGAAAUUGAUAGCUGUUUAUGAUACUUAAAAUAACACAGAAAAUUAAAGGAGGUUAUGAUGACUUUAGUUUUUAUUGUGGUCAGACAAUUUGCUGGCCAAAAUAGAAUCAGAAUAAUGCUUUUUGUGUUGUUUUAAACAGCUUUAUAUUAGUUACAUUUUAUUGAGAAAGGACACAUCCAAAAUCACGCUACAUUUGAAUGUGCAUCAAAAUGUAAUAAUAUCUUCACACCAUCUGAAUGGAGCUUAUUAAUACAAUGAUUUAAAAUUAUUUAUAACUUCAAACAUCCCAGGUUUGCAUGCUUCUUACAAUGGGACUAAAAACUCAAUAGGAGAGAAAUGUCUUUGUAAAGAUGAAAAUUUUAUUUUAUAAACUGGACCUGUCUGAAAAUUCCAUUGAAAGCAAUCUUUACAUAUUUUAAGUUACAACCAGCCAAUAUCAUUACAUCCAUCCAAAAAGAAACACUUCAUUGACAUAAGCCGUAAGAAUAUUAUUCCACCACACUGGUGGAUGAUCAUCAUGAUUAUCAUGAAAAUUUAGCCACAUUUAAUAAUAACAUUUCAAUGUAUGCGAGUGAUGAUGAUGACCAUUAGUGAUAAUAUUGAAUAUUUUAUUUUUUAAUAAAAUAUUAAAUGACGCAACUUUUAAAGUACAUAAAUAUAAUAUUAUAUUUUGAUUAUAGUUAUAAUAAAGUAGGUACAAAUAAAAGUCUGUGAUUUGAGCAAUUGUUCUUAAAAAUUAUCUAAAAUUAUCAUUAAUUUUUGUUCACUUUUGGCUAGCAGCAAUGUUAGCAUUUAUUUACUUUUGAAGAAAUUUAAUUUAGUGCUUUAAUUUGUGAUUUGUUUGAUAUUUUUUUAAACCUAACUGCGAGUUCUUAUUCCUAUCGAAUAAAUAAAAAGCAUGAAAGUAAACGUACAAGGGUCCAAUAUGACUUAUUGCUUAAAGUACUUACAUGUUUAAUGUUAUUUUGGGUUAUUUAUUAAUGUUACUUGGGUGAUGUUAUAUUCUAAUAGUAAAAAUAAAAAUUUAAGCACUAAUUUUUAUUGUAAGUAUGCACUACGUAAAUCGACCAACGUAAUACUUUGGCCUUUUUACUAGUUUUUUUGGAUAACUAAAAAUAUAAAAAAAUAACGAAUAACGGCGAAUGAGCAAUAAAAGCAAAAUAAAAAUAUAUUUAGAAUAUGCACUGAAACAUUCACGAAGAGUAUAGUUAUUAUAACAAACAUGCAAAGUUUCAUAAACUACAGAUAAGUAGUUAAAAAGAUAUAUAAUUUUGAAACUUCAACAGCCUCUCCUGAAAAGUCAUGAUUUUGCACUUUAGCCCUUAUACAUAGGACCAUGGGCGUAGCCAGGGGGAGGGUUUUGGGGGUUCAAACCCCCCCGAAAAGUUAAGAUAUCAACAUCAUUAAUAUCAAAAUAAGGAGAGGCGAGCGGCAUAAUUUAUUUAAUUACUAAUUAUUACACUAAUAAUGUAUUUUGGAUUCGCCCUCUACCACCCGCCGCUGCCCGUCGUCAUUUAUCCUAUCGCAUUCGGUAACCUUCGUAUAUUUUCGUUUCGUAUCGGCAUGAUAUUGUUAUGUAUCCCCAUCCACACUAUGGAGCGCGAGUGGCUCCCACUUUCGGCAGUGUUACCCGAAAGAUGUACGUCUGUUUUCAAAUCAGAACUUGAAGUGUGGAAAGCAGUUGUGACUAUCACCUCCCCUACUCCAUAAUCUGCUUUGGAAUGCUUAUAUAAGUGCGAUCAAAAAUUAUAUAAAAAUAUUUACACGUUGUACAAAUAUUGCCUACCAUACCUGUUUCCACUGCUACACCAGAAAGGACGUUUUCAAGCCUAAGGACACUUGAAAACUACUUGCGGAACACAACCAGUAAAAACAGACUGAACUGCUUGGCUCUCGAUGAAUGAAUAUUUAGUAUGGGAUAGAAAUUGAUGUGAAUGAAGAAGUGGAUAUAUUUAAAAAGAAAAACAGAAGAUUAAUUCUGCUGUAAUCAAAUAAACCUUCUGUUUCUUUUUAGGGAACCCUUAUAGGAUCACUUUGUUGUCCGUCCGCCCGACCGUCCGUCGGUCAAGACCAUUUUUCUCAGGAACGCGUGGAGAUACCAAACUGAAAUUCAUACUGUCCCUUGGAGCUGUGAAAAAUUCAAACUUCUGAGCCAAAGCAAUCAAAAGAUACAGCCGUUUAUGCCGCAAAUUUCUGCAAAUUUUCGAAUCUCGCACGGGAAUCAAAACCUACAGAGUACUUCCCGUGAACUUAGAAUCUUGAAAUUUGGUACGAAAUAACGUCUUAUAGUACAGAUAAAGGAAAAAUUGCGAAAACCUUAAAUUUUUAGUUACAUCAUAUAAUAAAAAUAUUUUUGAAAAUUUUAAAGUUACUACCUCUUUUCUCAUGAACGCGCGUAGAGGUAUUAAAUUGAGUUUGUAUGGAACCCUCGGUGCGCGAGUCCGACUCGCACUUGGCCGGUUUUUUUUUACAUAUUUCAUAUUUUUCAUUUACAUAAUAUAAAGGUUAUUGCAUGCACUUUCAGUAAUUUUAAUUUCUUGAACCCCCCCCCCCCCCCCCCCCCCCCCCCGAUACUCAACCUGGCUACGCCCGUGCAUAGGACCCAUCGAUAUAGUAUGGGUAUUUUGUAAUUGUCAACAGAAUGAGCCACAUAGCUGGUCUGGUUUCUCAUACAGCUUCAAAUAGUGAUACUUUGAAAUUAAAUACUUGUUGUUUGUAUAAAUACUUCUAUGUUUGUAAGUUUAACAUUGAUAAUAAUUAUGUUGAUUAUUUAUUAUUAUAUUAAAAUGAUGAUGUUUUGCUCAAUUAUUUAGUUAUUUCAUUGGUGGAAACGACUACCUAAUAAGGUUUUUAAUGUAAUUUGUAUAAAAUUAAAUAUAUUGUAUUAUUUUGUACCUACACACUACACAUAUAUAGUUCAUUAGAUAAUAAGCAUAGAAUAUUUUUUUUAACAAUCUGGCGAACUAGUGUUUUAAAAUAGUGAUAUGUAUGAACCUUUCAAAACACAUUGUCUGGAACGCACACAUUCCAUACUUUUCAGACUGAUGAAUCAAAUUCCAUAUUUGUUCAUCAUUUUAAAUUUCGUGAAACAUAUAUAUAUAUAUAGUUUCAUAAAAUUUCUUGUUAAUUUAAGAAAAAAAUGGAAAUGUUGAAUCACAAUAUUAUAUGAAACCUUAGAUUAAAACAAAAAGGGUAGAUACGGUACGCUCAUACUUGCAUCAAACAAAAACUGAUCCCACGGUAGCGCGAACGGGACGGCGAGAUCGGCGUCACUGCAUUACCGACCCGAACGAAACAGCACAUUAAGUUUCAACGGCAGCGCGAAUUAGACGGCGAGAUACGCGUCACUGCACUACCGACCAAUCACGCGAUCAGUACUCGGCGUUACUACCGAAUAUGAUUCAAAACAAACAACAAUUUUUAUGAAAAAAAUAUUUUAUAUUACUUACGAAUGAAAAGUGAUGCCGUGCGUUUUAUUUUUAGUUCUUGAGCAAUUUGAGUACUAUUUAAAAACACACUUAGGCAUUGUUUUAUCAUAUAAACACAAAAUAUUAGCAAUAUUUCUUUUUGGCGUUCACAUGUACGUUGUUUGCAUGUCAAGUAGUGACUAAAGUGAUUAGGGUCGUGGACCACAAUUUAUGCGGAUCACUUUUGUGAGGCUAGUGCCGUAUCUACCCUUUUUGUUUUAAUCUAAGUAUGAAACAUGUAAUUUCGCUAUUUUAGAUAACAGAGCUUUAUUUACCAACACUUUGCCAGUUGUCUUUAAUUUAAUGUAAAUUAUUCAAAUACAAAUAAGACAAGAGAUCACUAUAUGGCAAUUCAUAAUAAUCAUUAAGUUCCUAUCGGUUUGAUGCAAUAUUUUUAUUAUAGUGAAAACUUCCUAAGGCGCAGUAUAUAUAAAUAUUCCGAGAUGGGAAAAUAUCAACCAACUCGCUCCACCGUGAUUGAUACUGGAAGAUCAAUUAGAUUUUCACCUUUAGGGAAGAUGCAAUAUUUUUAUUUUUGUUUUCAUUUUAAAGAAUUCCAUCUAAAAUAAACCACCGAUAUAUUAAAAAUUAAAACAUUGUAAUUUAUCGGAAUAAAUGCGGUUUAAAAUUGACAGUUUAAAUUCUCGCGCGAAAACGGACCUAUGGUUCCGAUGACGUCGCUCCUGUCCGUCAUCGUACUUGUUCGUCGCUGGCUUUCAUACUUUUGCAUAUUUUUUCGACUUUCGAGAUAUUAUUUUGUAAAAAUUUAAAAUGGAAUAUCCAUUAACUUCACGUGAUCAUAACAAUACCACUAAUAUUCCGAAAAAAAGCCGUGUUGACUCAUGUUUUGUGCCAAUGUGUCCAUCUCCUUCAACAAAGUUUCCCAAUAAAUUGUUUUAGACUUUUGAUUGAAUUAAUUUAAUUAACCCACAACUGAGAAAAAAGUGGAUUUAAGCUGCGAAGAAAAAUGACAAUUAUUCUCCAAAGACCAUUAUUCGAUGCUGUGAAGAUCACUGACGUAAGUCGGCGAAUAUACUUGUUAUAUGCUUAAUAAAUCUGCUUGUACGUAAAAACGCGUUAGUAACCUACCAAAUACAAAACCUGUCAUAAAUAUAUUCUUAAUUUUACAGUUGGAGAAUGACGUCGAAAAUUGGAUUAAGUUUAAAGUGUGGCACAAUCUUCACAUUGGCAGGACUGAACCAAGCUUUGCAUUUCAUUUAAAAUAACUGUAACACGAUAACCUUCUUUACGUACUUUAUGCUCCGGAGUAACUCUACUAUUUACUGUACAUAUUCUUCAUCUCUUUCAAUUUGGCCAUAGCCGAUUGCGUUAUCGCCGUAAGAUUCUCUUGUUGAGCUGAAAUAACUGCUAUGUUUAGAAGCCGCUGAAUAAAAUACAAAGUUUAACAACUAUCAUUUAUACAUACCGUAGUAAUUUAGUCCCUUUCAUUUCUACACUUGAAAACUGCACUUUGGACAAAAAAGUUAUAACCAUGUCAAUACUAACUCUUGGUAAAUUCCUGGAGUCUGCUUUGAUAAGCCUAACUUCCAUUUUUAUUAAAAAACGCAAUUAAUAUUCCCAUAAAAUAAUAUUCACUUUUACAGCCAUAAUCUCAAAUAAGUUGUCAUAACAGGAGUGAUGUCACUAAACGCUGAUUGGUGUUUUAAAAUACGUCUUUUUCAAGUCCUUUUUAAAUCGUAAUUAUUGUUAAAAAACAUAAAACAACAACAUUAUGUAAAAUAAAAACGUUGCAGUGGCCUUUCUUUUAUAUUUUUUUAACAUUUUAAUCAUAACAUUUUUAUAAAUAUUAUAUUUGCAUCUUCCCUAUUUGCUGCUAAUAAUGCUUAUUAGUAGGGGCUUGGUCUAACUAAUGCAAUAAACGCUCCUUCAAGUGCAAGCUUAGAACAUAUACCAUUGGUAUGUGCUCUAAGAAUGCAAGAGGUAUUGAGUUCAAACCAACAUGCAUAUUUUUUUUUAUUAGGGUUCCGCGGGAAUCAAACCCGUAUAGGAUCACUGUCAAACGGAGUUGUGUGUCUGUCACAGUCGAUUUGUUCGGAAUCUGUUAGACCGAUCAAGUUAAAAUUAGGUACAUACACACAUGUAUGUCUGUGAACCAAACACGACGAAUAAAGUAAAUAAAUACAUUUCGAACAUUUAAACUUAUGGGUUUUUUUAUGUUUACAGUUAACUAAGAUUUUUUCUGAUUUUCUUUUUUGAAGUGAAAAGUAGGCGGUUUGGGAUUUUUCUGAAAUGAAGGGCGAAUACGGAUUUGCUAAAGCCGUAGGACCUAGGGGAUGUUUUUUUUUUUUUUUUUAUCAUAAUCAUUACAUUAAAUAUCCAAUCACAUAAAUAUUACACUAAUCAUAAUAAUAACAUAAUAUAAAAAAUAAUCAAAAUAAUCUGAAUGGACACUAAUAAAUUAAAUUAAAUUAUAAUACAAUAAUAAUCAAACAAUUAAAUAUAAAAAACUACAGUCAUGACUAAACUUUGUUACUCAGUACAUGUAUCAUAUAACAAUGGUUCAUGUACUGACAGUCAAAACGUUCCGAAAAUAAUUUCAGGAUGGUGUUCGGGCUCGCCCGCACCCUGCGCACCAGGGAUGCACACCGCUUGCGCAUGGCUGUAUAAAAACAGUCCACUCGGUAUUCGGCAAACAUACCCGAAGCACUGCAGUAUGGAGGCAGCCCCAGCAGCAUCCUGAAAGCAUUAUUGAACUGGACACGCAAGGCACUGUACUGCUUUUUGGUGUAGUUGAUCCAUAAGCUGCUCGUGUAGAAGGACGUACGAAACGCUCUGAACAGAGUGAUUUUGACAUCCCUCGAACAGCGAGCAAACCUACGGGCAAUCAUGUUAGCUCUUAUCGACAGCGCCCUACGCUCCCUCUCAAUAUCAGCAUCGUCCCUCAGGUCAGACGUCACUAAGUGUCCAAGAUAUUUAAAUUGGUCUACUCUCUUCAAAGGCGUACCAUUGAGUUUUAUUGAAGGAAUGUUAUCAAGAGACUUCCCUCUAACCCGAAAGACCAUACUUUCACUUUUCUUCACGUUGUAUAUCAGUCCAUGGCUAAGGGCAUACCGUUCACAUAUAGCUAUGAGCUGUGACAACCCGCAGACAGAAGCGCUCAACAGGACCAUGUCAUCCGCAUAACUUAUAUUAUUUAAACAGACACCGUCUAUGUGGCAGCCCACAUGAGUACCGCUGAGCUCCCCUAUCAAUGCAUCCACAUACAGAUUGAAAAGUUUGGGUCAGCCCCCCCUGCCUCACUCCACACUCCAAUCUGUACGGCUCUGAGUACUCCCCCGACCACCGAACUACGUUGACCUGGUUCAAGUACCAAAAUUUUAUCACAUGCACAAGGUCACGUGGCAUUGAAAUCGCUUAACAAGGUCAAACGCUCUCGACUCGAUUGGUUACAUGGUUAACUAUGAAUACUAUUAAACCUUUUCUAAAAUUAUGGUUACCCUUGCAUAAUAUGAAAUAUAUCGGUUCGAGUUACCUUAUAGGUAGGUAAUUUAAAGGUAUGGCUAAGAGGCGACAUUUCUAUUUAAGUCUGAUGAACAAUUUCGGCCGCUGCGCCAAAAGUCUACAUAAUUCUGUAUAAAGGGAGAGACUGAGCAUUUGAAAAAAUAUUCUCGUGCAUAGUCUUCAAUAGGAUCUUGCUUGAUUGUGUGUAAUAAGUAUGGUGUGACUACAUAUUGCAUUUACCGCUUUGAUGGAGGGCUUACCGACAGUAAAGUCUACACGAAAUUGCUAGGAUAUCCCGCACACUAGCGUCUUUCGAGCGUAUUCGUCGUGCAAGCGUCCGCGCAACAUCGACGCGACCGACGCCAGCGUUGGUCGGCUUCCAUUAUAAAACUUGAUCGCAAGAAAAACUUAAGCUGACGAUGCUACGCCAGCGCUGCGGAAGCCCGGGUUUCGGCAACACCUCUUCGUGUCGACGUUGCUCGAUCGCUGUCACGACGAGGACGCCCAAAAGACUGCUAAAGACUCUAGUGUAAGGGCUUUCUAAAAGGUUUUUUGCUCUAUUAAACCGUUUCUGUGACUGAAAUGUUAUAAUAUUCUAC